AUGUCGCGUGCCUUUGGUAAAAGCGGCCGAUCAUCCGGCGCGAGGGGUUUUGGCAGUCCAGCGCCUGGUGGCUUCGGCGGCUUCUCCUCCGCUGGUGGUAGUGGUCUAUCUUACCUCUCCGAGCCUCCCGACUUGACCUCCAUAUCCGAUGCGAACGUCGUUGUUUCCUUCAAGAACGCCCUCAAGAAAGAUGCUACAACAAAAGCCAAGGCGCUGGAGGACCUCCUCGCCUACGUACAGGCUCACCCGUUCGAGAUGGAAGGAGGUGUAGAAGAGGCCAUCUUGGAAGCAUGGGUCCAAAUAUACCCUCGCAUUUCGAUAGACAACUCUCGUCGCGUCCGCGAACUCUCCCACACCCUGCAGUUCGAGUUGAUGAAGUCGGCACGGAAGCGCAUGGAAAAGCGCGUACCAAAGAUCGUCGGAACCUGGCUCGCUGGCUUAUAUGACAAGGACAGAGUGGUGUCGAGGGCGGCCAACGAUGGCCUCUCCUCGUUUCUCAGCAGCCCAGAAAAGGUCGCGCUGUUCUGGAACAAGUGUCAGUCACAGAUCUUAACAUAUGCGACGGACGCUAUCCAGGAGACCAAGGACACCCUAAGCGACGAACGAUCUACGACAGCCGACGAUGCCGAGGCUAAAUAUCUUCGGGUUGUAGGCGCUAGUCUCUCCCUUGUACUCGGUCUCUUACAAAAGCUCGAGUCGACCGACAUUCAAAAGGAGGAGGAGGCGUACGAUACCUUCUUCGCUGAAGAGAAGGUCUGGAAAAGCGUGGUCACGGGCGACAGCUCGGUCAAGAAGACGGCGUGCCAGCUAUUAUGGGCGUGUCUUGACAAGAGGGCCGACUCUGUAUCCUCCCAAAUCUCCCGUUUGAAGAAGACAUUCGUUGCCGAGGGACUCAAGAGCAGCCAAGCAGGAUCGGCUGUCGAGUACGUCAGGGUUCUCACAAAGUUGACGACCAAGUUCUCCGAGAUCUGGACGAGCUCGAGCGAGAAGAAGACACCGAUAACCAGGCUGAACGGAUUUUUGGAGAAGGGCUCCCAGAGUAGCUCCGCCAAGUACUGGGAGCACCUCGAGCACCUGAUCAAGGCUAUCCCAACCGAGCUCUUCACGGUCGAUGCUUCAGCCGACGCCCUCAAGUCAAUGAGGAUAGGUAUCAAAAGCAGAGAGGAGCCGCGCAUGAACUCCACCGCGGCGUGGACCUGCUAUGCCAGAACUACCAAGCACCUUUUGCAAUCCUUUGCUUCCGACAGUCAGAGGGCAACGCUUGUUCAAGAGCAUCUCUUCCCUCUGAUCGAGCAUUUCCUCUUACCGACACCCGAAAAUUCGGCAUGGGAGAUUGGAGGGAAUGGACGGCUUCCGGUGCUGGGAGAAGUAUACGAGGUCUCUGUCGGCUCGUCAUCCGAGGAAUUGGCCAAGGCAACAACUGACAAGUUGGGGCUGCUCUCGUCGGCGUUCCGUACCAGAAUAUCCAGCUCACUCCCAGAGGUUUCAAAGGACUACGAAAAGUCUCAAGAGGCCAUUGCUUCAGAGGGUACUCGCUGGUUCACUCUCGUCGGUCAAGUUCAGAGGGCAAACCCCACAGACAGUCUCUUGAUCGAGCCUUCAAGGGCUAUCAUCAAAUGCAGCGUGGACCUCCUGGCAACCAGAAAUCUCAAGCAAUAUGGGGCAGCUGCAGUGCUCUACAGUGUGGGUAAAAACGCUCCGCGUGUGUGGAGGGACGCAGAAGCUGCUCAAGCCCUGGAGCAAUUCCUGUCAACGCAAGGCCGGGAUCGCAUGGACAUGUUGAUGACUUCGCGGUCUGGUUCCGAUCUGCUGAACUGCGUUAAUGCCCUGGGCACUCUUGAGGGACAGGAAAAAACUUACGCCAGUACCUGGAAGACCUGGAUCGAAGCUUUGUUGAGCCUAUCCGAUGACUCGCAGGCCAUCAGAGGCAUCGAACGUCUCAUUGCGAACCACAAGGCGUCAAAGCUCUCCCAGUCACACGAGCAGCUCCAAAAGUUCAUCGAAUCCAAAUGCUCCAGCACAGCCCGCGGAGAGCUGGAUGCCUGGAGUCUGUUCGAGGCAGCCUUUGGCAACGAUGCCAUCGCCGAUUCGACGGCCAAGCAAUUGGUAGACAACAGCGUGUUGGCCUUGUCGCAAGAUAAGCAGCACUCUGCUCAGGCCCUUCGCUCCCUGGAAAUCAUUACGAACAACAAGCCUGGACUCUUGUCUCAGGACGAGUCAACGCAUAUGGCGGUUGUGACUGAGCUAUUGGGACUUGCCGAAAUGAAGGACAGAGCAGUCUCUUCCCGUGCGACCUUGUUGAGGGCGCUACUGGAACAGCCCACCGAUGGCACAUCGCCAGUCGUUACCAUUAUUCAGAGGAAUCUCGAAGACGCUGGGCCACAGUCACUUGGCGUCGAAACACUGGUUCAACAGGCCCUCCAGGCGUCCCAAGCUGGGUCUAUCGCCAUCGAGGACCUGUUCCCGAGCACGAAUAUCUGGAUGCAGCAGCUCUCAAAGUUCUUCCAGGCCAAGCUUAACCCGUCAUUAUCGAUCACUAGCGGUCUGGCAGGCGCUCACUUCCUCGUACAAUCUACCGAGUCAGACCAACGCCUUCGUGUGCGCAGAGACCGAGACGGUCUCUCCAUCCCAGCCAGAAUGGCAUCCUACACCUCCAAGCUCUUGUUGUCGGACAUUUCGGUCUCCAGCCUGCCUGACAGCUUCCAGGUCGAGCUGCUCUACCUCCUUUGUGUCUCGGUUCAGAUUGUGUCGGACCAGAUCACACUAAUGGACGAAAACAAGCUGUUCCUGAACCUCGAGAUGGGAGAUGCCCUUGCCUCGGCUGAAUCGUUCGUCUCUUCCACUCGCGUAACCAUCAACGCCAUCGCCGAUGAAGCCAAGGGAUGGAGAGACGGCUCAGAAUCUGGCUCGACGAAGUUGGUCAACGGUCUCAUCGCCAUCAUGACACAAGAGACGAAGGAGCUCACCCCGUUGGGAGUCUACAGCUCCAGAGCAUUGAGCGACCUCUUCCAGACUCUCGCCGAGAAGCAUGGUUUCCCUGUGACUGGAGACGAAAAGAUCAACCAACUGGCCACUCUCAAGGCUACGCCACCAACGAUCCUGGCAGCGACGGCUGUGCUCGCCGGCUUCGGCGAGAGCCUGGAAUCCUCAAAGGCCAUUAACAACCUGUGCAACCGUCUUGUUAGCGACAUUGCGGGCGCCAGCGUGGAGUCUGAAAAGGCCGAGAAAACACUACUGGUCCUCGUCCUCCUCAACGCAUGCCUUCAAGUCUACGAGGUCGGCGAGGUCCCCGUGGCCAAUAACCGCAUCGUCUUUGCCGUUCGCCAAAUCACGUCUUGGGUGGACGAUAUCCCUAACCUCACCCCCGCGCUGUCGGCCGAGAUCUGCAGAUCCUUGCAGAGACUGCUACCCUGCAUGAAGGACGUAUACGGUUCGUACUGGGAAAAGGCCAUCGAGUUCUCCACCGCGUUAUGGGCAAGGGCCUCCGACGACCGCCUCGACGACUCGCUGCCGUAUAUCCACGCAUCGCUGAAGCUCAUGACCGCCCUAGAGACACUAUCGGAGCCAAACGACGAUCUUGUGGACGCCAUCAAGGAGUUCGCCGAAACCAAAUCCCUCUCCCUUAUCGAGCUCCUCAAGCUCGACCGCGAAAAGACCACGCAGCCCCUCGAGAUCGUCGACGCCAUCAUCUGCAGACAAGUCAACAAGAUCCCACUAAAGCACGUCACCGAUCUCUCGGACCUUUACGGCCUCAUCGCCGCCGACUCCCGCUCCAUCCAGACGGCGGCCUUCAACCUACUCCACUACGCCCUCCCCGCCCGCCAGGAAGAACUCUCCGUCAACGUCCUCCUCGACAAGACCGACGCCCGCCUCCCAGACGAACUACUCUCCCUCCUUCUCGACGCGCCCACGCUAGACCGCUACCCAGAUGAAGUCCUCGCGCAGUUCCCCCUCGCGAUCCGCUCCUACCUGCUGUCAUGGCACCUCAUCUUCGACGCCUUCAGCACCGCUUCCCUCAAGGUUCGCCAGGACUACACGGAGCACCUCAAAACAGAAAAUUACAUUGCCCCGCUCAUGGACUUUACCUUUGACGUGCUAGGCCACUCGGCCGCGCACCCGCUCAACCUCGAGCGCGAGGGCCUGACGACGCAGCACCUCACCUCGUACAGCGUCUCCCUCGCCGACGCGGAACCCGACGAGCGGAACUUGCACUGGCUGCUCGUGCACCUGUACUACCUCACCCUGAAAUACACCCCCGGUCUCUUCAAGACGUGGUACCUCGACUGCCGCUCCAAGCAGACGCGCAUCGCAGUAGAGGGCUGGAUGACGCGCUACUUUUCUCCCAUCAUCAUCUCGGACGCGCUCGACGAGGUGGCGGCAUGGACAGCGGCCCAGGAUCCGCCCGCCGACGAGGACGAAAAGGAGCUCGUGGUGAAAGUCAGCAAAGCGUCAAGGGAGAUCACGGCCGGCGUCGAGGUCGACGAGAGCAUGGCGUCUAUUGCCGUCAAGGUCCCCGCGAGUUAUCCGAUUGAAGGCGUCUCCGUCGUCGGGAUCAACCGUGUCGCGGUCAACGAGCGCAAGUGGCAGAGUUGGCUUCUCACGACGCAGGGCGUGAUUACAUUCUCGAACGGAAGCAUCAUCGACGGCCUUUCCGCCUUCCGCCGCAACAUCGUCGGUGCCCUCAAGGGUCAAUCCGAGUGCGCCAUCUGCUACUCCAUCAUCUCCACCGACAAGCGCAUGCCCGACAAGCGGUGCUCGACGUGCAAGAACCUCUUCCAUCGUACGUGUUUGUACAAGUGGUUCCAGAGCAGUAACCAGAAUACGUGCCCGCUGUGCCGUAACCCGAUUGACUACCUGGGCCAAGAUACCAGGGCGCGGAGGGGGCAACAGUCAGAUUAUGUGGUCUAA